UAAAUAGUGCUGUGUGUUCCGUUGACUAGCCAUCCUCCUCUCAAAGUGAAUGUCUCUCUGCACUGCCCACCUUUGCUCACCUUUUCACUCCCUCUCUCUCUCCCCGUCUGUUCCUCUCUCAACACACACACAAACACACUUCGGUUCAAACUUUCCUCCUUUCACGGUUGUCCUCUGAUUCUCCUGUGAAGCUUUCUACAGGAUUUUCUGCUUGUUCUUCUUAUGCUAAAAGACCGGAAGACAAAAGAAGGUGACACUCUCAGGAUGCGCUGUGUGAGCUGGUUGUUGUUGGGGACCUGCCUCCUGGUCCUGGGCCCCGCCGUGCAGGGAGCCCCGAGCCAGUGCCCGACCCUCUGCCACUGCCACGGCGACCUCCAGCACGUCAUCUGCGACAGCGUCGGGCUGAAGAAGAUCCCUCGGGUGUCCGAGGCCACCCGUUUGCUGAACCUGCAGAGGAACAGCCUGGGCAACAUACCCACAGGGUCCUUCAGCGAGAGCAAGGGUCUCAUCUCUCUGCACAUGCAGCACUGCCAGCUCCGAGAGAUCGGAUCCCAGGCCUUCAAGGGGCUGAAGAAGCUCAUCUACCUCUACCUGUCCAACAACGAGAUCAACAGCAUCAAGCCCGGCGCCUUCGAGGACCUCACUGAGCUCACCUACCUCUACCUAGAUGGGAACCAGAUCAGCGACCUGGCCAAGGGCAUCUUCUCCCCCAUGAUCAACCUCUUUAUCCUGCAGCUCAAUGACAACAAGCUGCGGGAGCUGCGGCCGGGGACCUUCACCGGCGCCAAAGACUUGCGCUGGCUGCACAUGAGCGGGAACGAGCUGACCACCAUACAGCCGGGCUCCCUGGACGACGUGGAGAACCUCGCUAUACUUCACCUGGAGAGGAACAAGAUGUCCACCUAUCCCAGCGCGGCAAUGGGCAAACUGCGUGUGGUGGAGGAACUCACGCUGGGGAAGAACCCCAUGAGGACCAUCCCUGACCGCGCCUUCCAGAGCUUUGGACGCUACAUGGAGAAACUACACCUGGACAACAUGAGCCUGGAGAAGUUCUCUGAUGGUGCGUUCGCUGGAGUGACAGCCAUCAAGUCGCUGCACCUGGACAACAACAAGCUUAAGUCGCUUCCCAAAAGCCUCGAGUUUGGCAGCAUCACCAACCUCACCCUCUCCAACAACCCUUGGACCUGCACAUGCCAGCUAGCUCCACUGCGCAGGUGGAUGGACUCCAGCCGCAAUCGUCCAGAUGCAGUGUGUGCUUCUCCACCUCCACAGAAAGGCAAGCAAGUCAGAGACAGCACCGCCUUCAGUGGCUGCAGAGUCAAGACAAAGAGAGCCAAGAAGGGCACACGUCUUUGAACACGCAGCCGUACAGGAGACGCUGAGGAGGAGCCUGUCCAGGUGACCGGCUACAACGCGUAACGAAAGCAACUCUAACUCCUUCUACUUCAAGACUGUCCAUCUAUUCAUCUGUCAAAUGUUGUCACUAGUGUAAACACAUAGAUACACGUCCUCUCUGUCUGUCUGUCUGUCUGUGUCACACACACACACACACACACACACACACACACACACACACACACACACAAAGAACUUUAUGGAGUGAGACAUAUUAUCAGUAUAAUUUUCAUUCAUUUAUAUCAAAGAUGAAGACUUAAGUAUGAAGUUGAAGUGGACGACCUGCAGGUAACCACCAAAAUAAAGGAAACAUGUCAAUAAGCAAGGGCUACAAGGACUGUUGUGGGCAGAUUUGUUGUCUUUUCCUGGUGCAUUCAGUACCUUCAGAGAACAGGAUAAACAGCAAAAUCAAAAAAGUCUGAAUGUUUUUCCCCUGAGGAUAAGUUUCAAUGUCUUGCUAAGCAUGAAAAUAAUGUAAAAUAAAACCAACCCUGGAGUUUAAAUCUGAAUUAAUUGAUUUUUUUGGCCACUUGGGGGCAGUGGAACAAACUGAAAACAUACAAUCACCUUAUAAAGUUAUGUUUAGAGUUGUCCUCAGCUGAUCCAGGCAUAUUUAAAAGGCUUGGUAUCGGUAAAAAAAUAAAAAUAAAUAAAAGCCAAUCAAAUGCCAAUCCCCUCUUUACUGUUCUUUACUUUCCUUGAGUAACUUGAUAACAAGCCAAAAUUCAGUUUGUGGGGUUUGUGUGCUCUGCAGCUCAAACAAAGAUCAUCUAUGAGUUAAACAAAGCAUCACUCUGUAACACUACUGGACAACCAUGAGCGCCUGUGCAGUUACUCCAACAGAGUUUUCUCCCAAUCGAUCUUUUAUUCUAAUCACAUCAGUAAUCUGAGUUUAUAAACAGAACCUCCAGUCAAACAUAAGCUCUAGGCUCCACCUGCUAUUUCAAUAUGCGAGACACAUACGUAAUCAACAUUGAAUAUCUUCUGCUGCUAUGUAAAUAUAAAAUGUCAGAGUGGACUCAGACUUGACAGAUACCCAAUGUUAAAACUCGGAUCAGGAUCAGGGCAGGAAGAACUUGAUUCCUUGUUAUGUUAGCAAACAAUUGCCUAUUUGCACAUGGCGACUCUGAUCAACAUUAUCAUUCAUUUGAAUCCAUGUUUCUGGAGAGCAGGUCCAGUAUUCUCUCUCUUUUAUUUCCAUUUUAAGUCUCCACCAGCUCCCGAGAAACACAUCCGGCUCUUUAGCUGCUAAAUGCUCCACUGUGUUCACCAGUUAGUUGUUAAUAUUAUUGGUUUGUUGUUUGGUGCUGAGCAGGUAGUGGACAAUGCUGCUGCUGCUGCUAGAAAUGAGGUUGAUGAGAGCAGAAUUUAUAGGCUGGCAAACCAAAACAAUGAGCUAAAAGAGGCUAAAAGGUUCCAUAAAGCUGCACAAUCCGGAGACAAUUCUUUGUGGGUUUCGUUGCUACAAAUGACACCUCUCACAUUACACAUUGUCAUUUGCUCCAUUGUAAAAAAAAUAAUGAUUGGUGCAGCUUGAAUAUACUGGACAUGACGUCUCUAAAACAGGUGAUGAUGCUCCUUUAUUUUGGUGGUUAUCUGUAUAAAUGAUGAAUUAACAAUAGCUCCAAAAAUAAAUAAAUAAAUAAAUAAGUAAAAUAAAAAACAGAAAAAGAGGCAGAGAAACCCCUCAACAUCCUACAACUGUCACUCAGGCAGGCAUCAACACUCGUUUAUCCUCUUUUCUACUUUGUGAUGUCAGUUUCACACCCUCACCGCCUUGAGAAAAACAGCCAUGACAUUUAAAGUGAAAUUCCGUAUUUCACCAAUAUGUUUAAAAGUUGAUAAGACUUGGAAGAUGUGAUUGAGUUUAGCAGGAGGAUCAAGGCUUAUAAUUUGCUAAGCUACUUAUCUUCCGGUGCCAUUUUCCCUGAAUGAAGGUAUUUUGAGAUCCCAAAGAUUUAUAAAACUGGAUUCAGUUCAUUUUUGGCUAAAAAUGUACACAAAUGAGAAGUGAAGAAGACAAGAAGACAUCUAAAGAUUCCCUUUAAAACAUGGUUUGAAUUGUAAGAAAAAGUGAAAAAUUUCUUGCAAAACAAUUUUGAGGAUUACUGACAAGAGUUGACUUUAUGCAUAUCUAAUGUAUAUUCAAUAUCUUUACAUUUCCUGGACUUUUGGAAGUGGUAACAAGUGCUCACAUCCAAUAAACCUUUAACGAAAUAAAACCUUC